AUGCAGCCACAGCCGUGGAGGCCUGCCCACUUUUUGCAGCAGGAACCCCAACAGCUUGAGCAGCAGCCCCAGAAGCAGCCCCAGAAGCACCACCAGCAGCAGCACCAGCAGAAGCACCACAAUCAGCAGCCCCAGCAGCAGCAGCAGCAGCAGCAGCAGCAGCAGCAACAGCAGCAGCAGCAGCACAGGCAGCUGCGUGACCAGGAGCGUUCUCAGCUGUUGCAGGAGCAGCAGAAGCAGCAGCAGCAGCAGCAGCGCCAGCUGCAAUAUGUGGUUGCCGCGUACGCGGCCAAGGGCGUGAGGCAACUGUACCCGUGGCAGGCGGCGGCGCUGGAGCAGGGGGAGGGUGGCGGCAACCUGGUCUACUGCGCACCCACUAGCGAGCAGCGCCAGCGCGCCGAGCAGCGCGCCGCGCCGCCCCCGCGCGGCCGUGCGCAGCGCCCGCCGGCGGCGCCGCGCGGCCUGCUGGUGCUGCCGUACCUGAGCAUCGUAUCUGAGAAGACGGCCGACCUGGGGGGCCUGCUGGCCGGGCUGCGCUGGAAGGUGCAGGGGUACGAGGGGGCGCGCGACAAGGAGGGCACGCCGCUGGCUAGCAAGGAUGAGCGUGUCGCGGUGUGCAGCAUCGAGAAGGCCAACGUGGCGCUCAACAAGAUGCUGUCUGAGGGGCGGCUGGACGAGCUGGCGGCGGUUGUGGUGGAUGAGGUGCACAUGGUGGCGGACCCACACAGGGGCGUGGCGCUGGAGAUGCUGCUGUCCAAGCUGGUGGCGGCGCGCAGCAGGGCCCAGAUUGUCUGCAUGUCUGCCACCAUGGCGGGGCUGGAGCCGAUGGCGGACUGGCUGGGGGCACGCCUGUUCCUCACCAACUACAGGCCGGUGCCGCUCAGCGAGCACGCCGUCUUCCAAGGCACCGUGUUUGCUCUGAAGAAGCUCACUCCUUCUGAGCGUGCAGAGGGGGCCUGCCUGCUGGAGGAGCAGCGCCAGCUGGCGGCGGUGGCCCCGAAAGACAAGGACCGCCUGAUCCCACUCAUCAGCGAGGUGGUGGCUGAGGGCCACUCAGUGCUGAUCUUCUGCGGCGGCCGGCGGCAGACGGAGUCGUGCGCCGCGCAGGUUGCGGAGCUGCUGCCCGCCGCUCUGGGUGGGCCCCCGUCGCCCGAGGCGCGUGCGGCUCGGCAGCAGUUAAUUCUGCAGCUGAGGAGCCGCCUGGGGGACGUGGGCAACAAGCCGCUGGAGGCGCUGUUCGCUGCUGGUGUGGCGUACCACCACGCGGGCCUGACGGCGGCGGAGCGGGGCGUCGUGGAGCGCGGCUACAGGAGCGGCGCGCUGCUGGUGCUGACGGCGACGUCGACGCUGGCCGCGGGCAUCAACCUGCCCGCGCGGCGCGUGAUACUGCGGAGCCUCUGGCAGGGCGGCGGCCCCGUCACGCGGGCGCAGUACCUGCAGAUGGCAGGCCGCGCUGGCAGGGCAGGCCAGUCGGCGGUGGGCGAGGCGUUCCUGAUGGCCGCCGGCGAGCCCUUCGCCAAAGGGGGCGCUGGCGAGUGGUCCAAGGUCUGUGCGCUAUUGGGUGCGCCCCUGCCAGAGCUGGUUAGCCAGCUGGUCUGCCGGGACGCCCCGCCUGCACCCGCCCCGGCACUGCCCGCCCCUGCGGGCGCCUCCGCAGCAGCACCCGCCAGCUCAGCGCCCGGCAUGGGCGCCGGGGGCGCUGCGCCCGGCGCGGGCGGCGGGGCUCCGGGCGCCGCGUCCGGCACUGGAAGCGGCGGCGGCGCGGCGGGCGGUCACCAGGGGGGCCGGCAGUCGCCAGCCUGGGAGGUGGAGUUGGAAGGGCCACUUCAGCGGCUGCUGCUGGAGGGCAUGAGUAUCGGCCUUGUAGGAGAUGGCGCCUCUGUCAACCAGCUACUCAGGCACACCUUGGCCGCGCACCAGCUGCCCUGGGAGCGCGUUGCGUCGGCCGGCAUGGCCGCACUCGUGGCGCUGCGGGCCCGCAAGCUGGCAUCCUUCGGGCCGCCGCUGGAGCCAGGGGCCGCCAACUGCUGGGUGCCGGCGCCACUUGGCAAGGUGGUAUACCACAGCACGCUGCCGCCGCCCGAGGCCCUGUUGCUCCACGAGCGCCUGCAGGCGCUGCGCAGCACCGCUGUUCUGGGCACCGGCGCGCACCUGCUCUUUGCUCUCCUGCUGGAGCCGCCCUUUGCCAUCUUUGAGUGGAAGGCGUACGCGGAGCUGCUGCGCUGCCUGAGCCCAGACCAUAGGCAGGUGGCGGCGGUCGUGGCGCCGGACGCUGAGUCAUACUCGACGCAGCGUAUGCGCGGCGUGCGCGGCACGGUCGAGAAGGACGGCCGGCACGCGCGGCUCGCGGCUGCGGUGCUUAUUGACCUGAUGAUCUCGGAGCGCGACGCCGCCGGGAUCGAGGAGGACUGGGGGCAGCCCCUGCGCCUUACUAAGGAGGGUAUAACCCGUGGAACCCUGCAGCGCUUGCAGGGCGACCUGGCUAAGAAGGCCGCAAUGGCCGGCCUGCUGUGUGCAGAGGCCGGCUGGUGGCAGCUCGAGCUGCUGCUGGGAGCCCUCGCGGCGCAGGCGGCGGCGGGCGUGCGGGCGGAGCUGUUUGGGCUCAUGGAGGUCAAGGGCAUGCAGCCGUCCCAGGCGCGCGCCCUCUUUGCGGCCGGCUUUACGACGGUUGAGCUGGUGGGUCUGGCGGAUGAGCAGCAGGUGGUGGAGGCGCUGGCUGCGGGGCUCGCGCGCAGGCGAACGGCGGCGCCCAAGGGCAAGGCGAAGGGGCAGCCAACCUUCUCUUGGGCGCUCGCGCUGGGCGACCCACAACUGCUGCCAGGCGCGGGAGGCAGCGGCGAGCUGGCGGCAGCGGCGGCGGGCGCGGCGGCCGCGGGUACGGCAACGGGCGGCGUCGGCAGCGGGGAGGGAGACGCGGAAGAUGGGGAGAUGCUUGCUCUGACGGCCGCGCCCGCCAGGAUUCCAGGGCAAGAGCAGCAGCAGCAGCAUUCAGCAGCACCCGCCGCCGGCCCGGGCGGGGGCGGUGGUGAGGGCGUGCGUGCCCCUUGGCUGAAGCCGCGCACGGCGUCGCAGCUGGCGCUGUGCUGGACCGACAGGGAGGUGCUGCUGCUGACCGUGCCGCCUGAGCCGCCGCUCAAAGCUGCCACGCAAGGUGGCGGAGGCGAGGCUUUGACUGACGCCGCGGCAACGGGCCCGGUCAGGCCCCACGCGGCAGCGGCGACGGCUGCAGCGGAAGGGGCUGAGACGGGGUCGGCAACGGAAGCCGGGGAGACAGAGGAUGACGUGACGGCACCGGUGGGCGCAGGCAGUAUCGCCGCAUUCACAAUGUCAGCGGCGGCAGCGGCGGCGGCAGGAAACGGGUACGCACGGCAGCUGUGGGCGGCGAUGCGCGCAGUGUUUGGCGACGCGAUGCGGACGGGCCUGUGCGCCGGCGCGGCGACCCAGGUGGCCGCGCUGGAAGCAGCGGGCGUAGCCUGCAGGCUGCAGGUGCACGAUCCUCUGGCGGCGUUCCAGCUGUGGCAGCCAGGGGCCGGGGCAGACGAAGAGGCGCAGCAUGGGAGCGUGGCGGGCGGGGCGGCGGGGCACCCGGUGGCGGCCGCUGCAGCGGGAGCAGAAGGCGGCGACGAGGACAGACUGUCCGAGCGGCGCCUGGCGGCGGCGCAGAAAGCCGUGCUGCCGGCCUGGCGCCUGCAGCUGCCGCUGCGGCCGGCGGGGCCGGCGCGGCACGCCGCGCGCGCGGCGCUGCUUGCGCGGGCGCUGCACGCGCCGCUGCGGUCGCUGCUGGCGGCGCGGGGGCUGGCAGGUGCGUACGACCAGAUCGCCCUCCCGCUGGUGCGCUGCUCCGCGCUCGCGCAGCGCUGCGGCGUCGCCCUCUGCCGCCGCCAGCUGCGGCGCGCCCUGGCGGAGGCGCGCAUGCAGCUGUCGCUGCUGCGCGACGCGCAGCUGCCCCGCCUCGACUCGGAUGUGGCGUCGCUUCUGGCGCGGCUGGGCCUGGCGGGCGGCAGGAAACGCGGCCAGCUGGCCGCCGGCGAGACGGGGGUGCUGGCGGCGCUGCGGCGCGCGCUGCAGGGCGGGGACCGCGGCGCCGGCGCGGACGGGGGCGGGGACGCGGCGGGGCGGGCGCCCGGGGAGCCUGUGGUCGCGCUGCUGUAUGCACUGCUUACAGAGGCGCGCCUGCGAUCCCUUGAGGGCGUGCUGGCGGAUUUGUCAGCCCUGUGCGGGCCCAGCCGGCCGGCCGCCGCUGAAGAGGCGGCCCGCGCGGCAGCUGCGACGGCUGCAGGCGGUGGCGGCGGCGGCAGCCAGGGGGACAGUGACGUGGUGUCAGUGCAUUGGGAGCUGCAGACAGCGCCCGUGGUCGGCGCGCCGGCGAGCGGCGUGCCAGAGGAUUGGCAGCGAUUCCUGUGCGGUGAGCCGCUGCCGCUGCCGGCGCUGCCCACCCUCGUGCGCCCGUGGAGCGCCGCGGCCGGCGCGGGCGGGCGGCCGCUGCUCCCGCUGGCGGCGCCGCUGCAGGUGUUAUUGCAGGAGGCGCCGGCGCCGCCCUACCAUCAUCACCAGCAGCAGAAGCAGCAGCAGCGUGGGCCAGUUGACGGCCCGGGCGCAGCUGCCCUCGCGCCAUUCCCUGGGGCGCCCAGCCCAGGCCCCUGCAUCGCGUGGCUCAUCGAUGCCUGGCGCCCACAAUUUGCGCUGCUGCCUGGCGCCGCCGCCGAGCCCAGCGGCUGGGGUUACGAGGCCCUGGCGCAGGCGGCCGCGCCGGAGGGGUGCGUGCGGGGCUGGUCUGGGGGCGCGGGAGGGGCGCAGGAGGAGGAGUGGGUGGGCAGCAUGGCGCAUACCAGAGAGACUAUCCCUUUGGCCAUUGCAUUUGGUGGCCAGGACGGAGUCCGGGGCGGCGGCGCGGACGGCGGGGCCGACGCAGUGGCGGACGGCGCGUCGCUCCUGCUGGCGCGCGGCGCCGCGAGCGUCAGGCGCUGCGUCGCGCCGGCCGCGGCCGGCGCGGUGUUUGUUGGCGUGCGCUUCGUCGACCUGGCCGUCGCGCUGCUGGCCGCCGUCAGCGGGGAGCCUUUGCUGGUGGCGGCCUGCCGGCAGGGGCAGCGGCAGUGGCAGGGGCGACAGCAGCAUCCUUUGGCCCAGCACCGCGGCCAACGACCGCUGCACGCCGCCGCGACCGCUUGGAUGGCGUCCGUCGCGGCCAAGAGCAGCGGCGCGCAGGUUGAUGGGCUGCUGCGCGCCGCGGCCGCGGGCUGCGGCGGUGCGGGCGGCGCACCGCUGCCCGCGCGGCUCGCGGCGCCGGCCGUGCUCGCGGAGCUUCUGCGGGCGGUGGAGCUGGGGCAGCGGCCGGGGAUUCUGGCAGAGGCGCUAGGGACGGACGCUCUCGGCGCGGCAGGCGCGCUGGGCACGCUAUGGGAGGCGUUCCCGCGGCUGGCUGCCCUCAGGGCGCACGUGAUCGAGGGCUGCGCCAAAACAGGGUUUGUUCACUCGCUCCUCGGCCGCCCCCUCCGCGUCCGCCUGCCACCCGCGCCCGACUCAGCCGCCGCCCGUGUGGCAGUCAAGGCGCGCGCCAGCGCAGAGAGGGCCGCGUUUGGUGCCUGCCUCUCCGCCUGCCUGGGCGACUUCAUGCAGGCCGCUCUCUCCAUCCUGCAGCGCGUGGCAGAGGCGGCUAACGCAGAGGAGCAGCAGCUGCUGCAGCAGCAGCUGUUGCAGCAACGGCCGGAGCGGCCGCAGGUCGGCGGCGCUGGGGCAGGGGGCGGCUCGGAGGCCGCGGGGGCCGUCGGAGUGGCGCCGUUUGCGGUCGUGUUUUGCAGUGGGCACGAGGUGGUGAUGCAGUGCCCUCCGGCGCUGGCGCUGCAGCUGGUGGAGAUUUCGUCGCGGCAGCUCGAGCACUGGCUGCCGAGGCUGCUGGGCCUGGCACGGCAGCAGCAGCAGGAGCAGGCGCAGCAGCAGCAGCAGCAGCAGCAGCAGCAGCAGCAGCAGCAGCAGCAGCAGAGAGUUGUCGACGGUGCUGCGGGUGAGGCCGUGUUCCCUGCGCGGUGGUGGUGGGGCAGUACCCUUGACGACACCACCGCUACUUGGCAAAGGGUUUGA